UAAAUCAAAUUCGUUCCGUGCAAUUGCCAGCCAGUGUAUACAAACAAUAAUAUUCCCGCUUAAUUGCACAUACGAAUCUUUUCAUUUUGUACAAUCAACUGAAAUAGAACAGUGUUAGACCAACGUCUGUCGCAUCGGGACGUGUGUGUCGGACUUUAAAAAAAACAAACGCUCGUUGGCGCGAUAAUAUUGACGCGAACGACUUGUAACUUUUUCGAAAAGGUUCUUUUUUGGUAAACAUACUUAGUCGUGAUAAAAAUAGGAUUAAAACGUAAAAUUAUGAGUACUUAUAAAUAUUUAUUCAGUGUUUUCGUGUGAAGACAUGCGUGACAAGGUCGAUUUAGCGACAAUUUUAAGUGAGUGAGCUAAUAAAAUCCAGUGAUUUGUGUGUGACAGUGUUUCAGUUAUUAUCAUGGCCGACACAGAAAAUCCAGUGGAUAAAAAUGAAGAAGAGGAAGGCACAGAGCUUGAACUCGAGGCUCUAUACCGCCGGUACUGCGUGCGGUUGAAGCAUGCGCUCUUCGUGUCCGCGCUCUGCGUGACGCUCCUAUUCACGCUCAUGUUGCUGUGUGCUGUGUGCAUACUACAUGCCGACGAACUGCCUCAACAAGUCCGUUCACUGUCCACGCUCUCCGUCAUCGUCUUCAUUCUAUCCAUCGUGCUGGCGAUGGCGCUGCUGCCAGCUGCGCCGGAGUGGGAGGCGCUGGCGCUCUCCGGCUCCGUGCUGGUGACGGCCUGCCUGGGCGCAGGCACGCUGAUGGCCACGCACCAUGCGCCGUUGCCGCUCUUCGCCCUCAUAUUGAUGGUACACACAAUGAUGCCCAUAGCGCGCUCCAUAGCCCUCGCCAUGUCUGCGGCCCUCACGAUAGCCUACAUGGGCCUCGCCCUCGGCCUCGGGCCUCACAACGCGGAGAACAAGUUUCAUUUGCAGCUAUGCUGUGAACUGGCCUUGCUUAUGUCAGCGAGCGGGAUCGGGCUGUACUACCGAGCGUUGACCGAGCGAGCGCAUCGGAACACCUUCGCUGGCACCAGGACUUGCCUGGAGCAACGCGUCAAGCUGGAGUGCGAGCGAGAGCAACAAGAGAGGCUGUUGCUCUCUGUCAUACCUGCGUACAUCGCUGCUGAGGUAAGUGAAAUACCGAUGCAGAGUUUCGGUACCAAGUGA